CACACAGUCUCUGCGCGUGACCAAGAAACACUACAACCUUGCGCUUCCGGGGCACAGUUUAGUUUACCAUAUGAAAUGGAAGGACUCAAAUGAUUAUAGUAAAAUGCCAUAAUCACUCACGUCGAUAAUUAAUUAAUAGCUGGUAUUGGAAAAUAUUGAAGCGUUGGAAAGUAAAUUAAUUCAUUAUAUGGUAAGUAUAUCCCAGAAGAAUAACACAUGCAUUGUACUAGGCUAUACAAUUUGAGUAGAAAUAGGUCUAUGAUUUACAUAGGGUACAGAAGUAUUAAUAUCAAAUUAAUGUAAUCAGAGGAGCAUUUUUGAUAAUGCAACACUUGCCCGGGACAAGUGCGCGUGCACAUCGUGAAUACCUUAGAUCAGCUGAUCACUGUAAACAUAGAUGUAUGACACGCUCGCAGUUGGCACUUAUCAAUUGUCGUUGUAAUUAAAGGCUGAAAUGCAGGAUGCUUGAUACAGUUCCCAACUAUGUGGCCUGCUGAUCUGACUUGUGAUGUAGUUAGUUUAUGCGUAUUGCGAAACACUUUCACCCGAGAGCGCACAAAACAGGAAGAGUUCCAACCGAGGGAUUAGAAAAUCACAUGCUAAUGGUAACCUAGCCUACUUCUGAAGAAGUUGAGCAGCAAAGACUGCGAAAACAAUCCCCCGGCUGAAGGACCACCGCAGAACGAUUUUUACGUUAUCUAUGGAGGAUCUGGAUCCGGAAGACCAGUUUCUGCGUCAUGCCAGAAAUGGGAAUCUUGCAGGCAUCCAGAAGCUUCUCAUGUCCAAGAUUAAAGAAGAGGCCAACCUCAACAUCAACUGCAAAGGUAAGAGUAAGUCUAACCUGGGAUGGACGCCUCUCCACCUGGCCUGUUACUUUGGACACAGAGCAGUGGUGGAGGAAUUACUCAAGGCUGGAGCAGAUGUUAAUUUGCCCAAUAAUGUAGGAGACACACCACUGCACAAAGCUGCCUUCACCGGAAGAAAGGAGGUUGUCAUGCUGCUGCUAAGCUAUGAUGCAUGUGCCACUGUCAUCAAUGGAACAGCACAGAUUCCUAAAGAUGUCACUCAGAAUGGGGAUAUCAAAAACAUGCUGGGAGCGGCGGAGAGGACAGAGGAGCGAAAACUAGAAGAAGAGCUUUUAGACGCAGCGAGAGAGGGAGACCUUUCGACCCUGUCACAGCUGCUUAACAGGAAAAAGCCUCCAGACAUGAACUGCUGUGAUCUCUUGGGUAACACCCCACUGCACUGCGCUGCCUACCGUGGUCAGAAGCUAUGCGCCCUGAAACUGCUAAAGAAGGGUGCUAGCCCCAACAUCAAGAACAAAAAUGAUCAGACUGUGUUUGACCUUGCAAACAACACAGAGAUAAAGCAGAUUCUGGAAAGCAAUAUUCAUAAAGGUAUGACUCACCAUGUCCAGAUGUUUGAAGGAGCCCUUUGGAAGAGUUCCCGGUUUUUAGGCUGGCGUUCCUACUGGGUGGUCCUCCAAGAUGGGGUUCUGUCCUGGUACUCUAAACAGUUGGAUGCAGCUGCCAAUGUCCGAAGACAAGGCUGUAAGCCCCUGACCCAUGCCCAUUGUUUGAUAAAAGCUAGAGAUAACUGCUUUUUCACGCUCAAGUGCUUUGAUGACAGUGUGCAUCAUUUCAAGGUGUCCCCCAAGAAUGACCCUGAGGCAACAAGAAAAAGGUGGAUGGAUGCUAUGGAGGAACACUCUGCCUACAGUACACACUACUGCUCUCAGGAUCAGGGCAGCGAGGAGGAUGAGGAAGAAGUCUUGAGUGUGGGAGAGCUGACGGAAUCAUUACAGUCAGCUGAAGCUUGUCACCAGAAGCUGGAGAAGGAGGUUGGAGCAUUCCUCUCCUUGGUGAAAGAAGAUGGACUUGCUGAGAAGCUGCCGCCCGUGAUGCUGCAGAAGAUGAAGGAAGUGUGUGAGCUGUCCAGUGAGACCUACUCUAAUCUCAACCACUGCCUUAGCCUCUUCUCCAGACAGGAUGGGGUGCGCAGUCUGAAAUUGGAGCAGGAGGUGGAGAAGAAUAAGAUCCUGUCUGAAGCGUUACAGACUCUGGCUACAGAGCACCACGAACUUGAGCAGUCCGUUGUCACAGGCUCUUCUCCACAGGGCGCGCUCAGUGAGGAUGACUUCCACGACGCUGUGUCUGACUCUGAAUCGGAGCACUCUCUGAGCGGCUUUGAGACGGUGGCCAGCCAUUCAUUCGACGAGGAAGGCUCUGUCCUGUUCAGCAGCGAGCGCAGCAGCCCCACCAACAUGUCUCGAGAGGAUCACCAUCAGGAUGAGUCCCAACCCAAUGGGAUCGUGAGGUACAGAACAAGUUUACCAGCACCCAUGUUCUCCAGAAAUGACUUAAGCAUCUGGAGUAUCCUGAGGAAAUGCAUUGGCAUGGAGCUGUCUAAGAUUACCAUGCCAGUGAUUUUUAAUGAGCCCCUGAGCUUCCUGCAGCGUCUGACAGAGUACAUGGAGCACACGUACCUCAUCCACCAGGCCAACGCCUCCUCUGACUCCAUAGAGAGGAUGAAGUGUGUGGCAGCGUUUGCUGUUUCUGCUGUGGCUUCCCAGUGGGAGAGAACUGGAAAACCUUUCAACCCGCUACUGGGAGAGACCUACGAACUGGUCAGAGAAGACCUGGGGUUCAGGUUGAUCUCAGAGCAGGUGAGCCACCACCCACCAGUCAGUGCGUUCCACGCCGAAGGCCUGAAGAAAGACUUUGUGUUCCACGGCUCCAUCUACCCCAAACUCAAGUUCUGGGGCAAGAGCGUGGAGGCUGAACCCAAAGGCAUCAUCACACUGGAGCUGCCCAGGUAUAAUGAGGCCUACACAUGGACAAACCCUACAUGUUGCGUCCACAACAUCAUUGUGGGGCAGCUGUGGAUUGAGCAGUAUGGCAACUUGGAGGUUCUCAACCACAAAACUGGAGAAAGAUGCUGUCUGAAUUUCAAACCCUGUGGCCUUUUUGGCAAGGAAUUGCACAAAGUUGAAGGCUACAUUCUGGACAAAAGCAAAAAGAAGGUCUGUUCUCUCUAUGGAAAGUGGACAGAGUGUAUGUACAUAGUGGAUUCUGCUGCAUUGGAGGCACAUAAGAGAAGUGGGAAGAGGGCAGAGGAAAAGAAAAGCUGUAAACAGGGCUCUGGUGAGGAGGUGGAGGAGAUUCCCCUACCAGAGGCUGACACCGUAGAGGUGAUCCCAGGCAGCCAGCUCCUGUGGAGGAUAGCCCCAAGACCAGAAAACUCUAUAGAGAUGUACAGCUUCACGUCGUUUGCCAUGCAACUGAAUGAGCUGGAUAAGGAUAUGGAGGGGCUCAUCCCAAAGACAGACUGCAGGCUGAGGCCAGACAUACGAGCCAUGGAGAACGGAGAUAUUGAUCUUGCAAGUGAGGAGAAGAAGAGGCUAGAAGAGAAACAGAGAGCUGCACGCAAAACCCGUUCCAAAUCUGAUGACGAGUGGAAAACAAAGUGGUUUCAUCAGGGUCAGAAUCCCCACAACGGCUACCAGGACUGGUUGUUCUCCACUGGCUACUGGGACCGCAACUAUUCUCUAUUACCUGAUAUUUAUUAAUGGACACUAAUGGAAAUUCCUUGAAUAGUGAGAUUUAUUCUUAUCCACGUCAACUUCCUUAUCUAUUAUGUGAUUCCAUUCCACUAAUUUGUUUUUUUAGACCAGUUAAUUACAUCCAAUAUGCAAAUAGGAGAUUAAUACAAUAAAGUCUUAAUUUAUUACAAUUAAAAUACUGUGUAUGAAUAUAACAAUAAUUGAUGAUUUUGUAAUACAAAAUGUUCAGCUGUUAAACAUGCUUUAAAAUGUAGCAUUCGGUCACAUUUCAUGCAGCCAUUUUAGAUCAUUUACUUUUUAGCAUGUGUAUUCUCUCCAUUGUAGCUUGGUUGACAGGGGUUCAUGAUUUGAGUCGCUGUUUUGUUUUAACUUCAUGAUGCAGUGCUUUGAUUGUGUAUGGUGUGAUCUAUCAUACAGUAUUCUAUUUGCACAAGCCUACAACCUUGGCCCUUUAGGAACAUACAGUAUCCACAUACUAAAUCUGUAAUGUACAGCUGUUUUGUGUUAACAACUUCGUAAAAUGUUUGUUACAGAAAAUAACUGCACUCACAUAAUGUACAUAUUCUCAGUGGUUGGGAUUUUUUUUGUUAGUUUAUAACACUUUCUUUACUUAUAUUUUACUAUUAUCCCACAGCUCAACUGUUGCUGAUCCUCAUUCCCAUGACUUUUGAGUCCAUCAAUGCUCACAUUCAUUUGUGAGGUCACUGAUUGACUGAUGCAUAACACAGUGUAUUGUUGAUUGCUCCAUUGAUUGUAGGAAGAAAAAAAUACGGGUACAAUGCUUACUAUUGAAUGUUUCCACACUGCUUAGAUAAUUAUGAUCAUCACUACAAGAUCUGCUCAUGACGAUCAUUGCGGGAGAAAAUUAACUUGAGGGAACACAUCUCUAAAGGUUAUGGUAGUUACAUGUUUUAUGCACAAUUCCUUUCCGUUACAUUUUUCAGAGCAGUAAGCUAUGCAAUUAUCUAAACAGAGGACUAUCCCUGUCUAUUCUCUAACCGCUGUCCUUUUACAUUCCUCUUUUCAACUGUGAAGGGAUCCUAUAGGACAUGGGUCAUAAUAGAGAAUAAUCUAAGUUAUGGGCUGUAACAUAGGGCUAGUGUAAUAUGGUUAUGAGACUUUGUAUCAUGGUUAUAGGGGGGAAAACUUGAUAACAGGGUAUCUGGUACUUUGAGGUUAUCUGAGAAAAUGUAUGCAGAGGUAGUACAAUCCAAUUAUUAGCAUGACCCUCUAACUUGGUAAAUAAUGACUAUAAUAAAAUAACUAACUUCUAAAUGUAAACAAGUUUGUUCAUUUUGUUAAUUAAAUGCCUUACUUUGG